UUACGAUCUGUAAUAUAUCGAAAGUUUGAUCAUUGUUUCCGCAGCGGGUCUGUGUGCCGAUUGUUUUUUCUCUUUUUCACCAAUCAUUCGCGCGUAUACGAGUAUCUUUUUUUUAAGUGCAGCAAGUUUAGAUUGGUUCAGGAACGAAAAGCAAACCAGGCGUAUUUCGUUUUGCGGUUGUAUGAGACGUGGUGCGCACGCGCGACCACAUCCGGAUGUGUAUGUUGUUCGUCACAGUUUGUCGUUACAUACGUUACGGCUAUUACAUUGCACAAUUUCUUGCGUCUUUUUAAUAGCGCGCGCUAAACGGCUAACGGCAUUUGUGGCGGUUCUCACAACUUACACACAAACAAUCAUCGAGUCGAGGAUUUUUUUUUAGUCAGGAGAGAAGCGAUACAAAAAGCGGAACGAAAUCGUUUCGAUCGUAUUCCGUGUGACCGAUGCGGAGACUCGACGCGAGUCUUCACAGUUCAUUCGAGCAUGCAAGCACAAGAAACCGAGGGUGCAGAUGGCUCUCCAUGGAACAACUCAAGUGGUUGCGAUGAAGAUCGCAGACCAGCACAAAAGGAGGGUAAAAAGUCAAACGUGUUACCUCUGUGGGGCAACGAGAGGACUAUGAAUUUGAACCCUUUGAUUCUCACCAAUAUACAGUCAUCACACUAUUUUAAGGUGAAUUUAUACGAACUCAAGACAUACCACGAAGUGAUUGAUGAGAUCUACUAUAAGGUCUCACAUCUGGAACCGUGGGAGAAGGGUAGCAGGAAGACUGCAGGUCAAACUGGCAUGUGUGGAGGCGUUCGAGGUGUCGGAGCUGGAGGGAUCGUUUCCACGGCUUAUUGCCUUCUGUACAAAUUGUUCACACUGAGGCUAACCAGAAAGCAACUGAAUGGACUCAUUAAUCAUCCAGAUUCGCCGUAUAUCCGUGCUUUGGGAUUUAUGUACAUUAGAUACACACAACCACCGGCAGACUUGUUCAGCUGGUAUAACGAUUAUCUGGAAGAUGAGGAGGAGCUAGAUGUGAAGGCGGGAGGGGGACAAAUGAUGAAGAUAGGCGACAUCCUCAAGCAAUUUCUCACCAAACUCGAGUGGUUUUCCACACUGUUUCCUCGGAUACCAGUGCCUAUUCAGAAGGACUUGGAGCUGCGACUGGCUGAGCGAUUUCCGCAGCAACAAGUGAAUUCACGCAAUGCUAAGCCGCCAAUCACGCUCAACAGUCACAGCAAAUACGGCAGUAAGGAUAACCGUAAGGACAACGGGAAUUUGACAUCCCGUAACCAGCCUCGACAUAUUCUCGACAGCGAGGUUCAAUGGGGUGAAGCCGAGCGUACGAGCCACUGGCGUGCCAGAUCUGACGAAGAUCGCAAGGACAAGAACAGGGAACGGGAUCGAGAGCGAGACAGAUUGCGCGAACGCGACAGAGAUCGUGUUCGCGAACGGGAUCGCGAAAGAGAUAGAUACGGCAAAAGAUCAAGCAGCCGCGAUAGAAGUGGACGACAAAGAGAUUACAGAAGUCGCAGCAGAGACAAAUCGUAUAGAAAUCGGAGCAGGGAACGUCAUCGUGACAGAGACCGACAUCGGGAUAGGUUCUAAAAGGAUAAUCAUUUCGAUUUUAGAAGAGGCUCGCCAUACGAUUACGCCACGGAACUGGCACGUGAACGUGAGAGGCAACGAAGAGAUAGAGAAUGAGAGUCAAGGAUAUAACACAGCAUCAUGUACAUAUUUACUUAUUUGUAUGAACUCUCUGUAAUAACUAAAGAAGAUUUAAGAGAAAAGAAAACAACAACAAAAGAGCUACAAAACCGAGCCAUCACCACCAUUAUACAUAAAUUACCAGCACGCGUAUAAUUGAUGAGUUUCCCGGCGACACUCCCUGAAAAAAAAAAAAAAAAUCGAAUUAUAUUAGCCUAAGUUUAAGUCAUCUUUGUU